GAUUUAUUUCAUAGCCACUCUAAAAUACACACCUGGAAGGCUUUAUUGAUGAUUGUAUUGAUUUCAAUCCACGUGACUCCCCGUAUAGUUCGCGGAUAAAGCUUAAAUGCACUAUCGUCAAUCAUCCAUCGGCAACACCCUAUACCCAGCAUGUCGUACUACUUCACAAUCCUCUCGCCAACCGACGUCCCGCUUUUUAGCUUGACAUUCGGCACCUCCAAAGCCGGCGGAGAUGGCAUCGCGCGCUUCCGCUUCCCCGAAUCCGCGCAGUACAUGAAUCAAUUCGUCGUCCAUGCCAGUCUCGACAUCGUCGAGGAGGCGCAAUGGACAAACGGGGCACUCUAUCUUAAACACAUCGAUACCUACCCCCCAACAGCAUCCCACGUCUCCGCCUUCCUCACCCCCUCCGGCUCCCGCCUCAUCCUCCUCCAUCAACCCCCGCAACUCCAAUCGUCAGGCGGCGUCACGGGGUCAACAGCGUCGCUAGCGACGGCGACGACCACAUCGCGCGCAUCUUCGAGUUCGAUUGCCGCGAACCCGACAUCGCCGCAGACAGAAGAGGCCAUACGCCAGUUCAUGAACGAGGUUUAUGAGAAUUGGGUCAAGACUGUUAUGAGUCCGUUUUAUAGGCAGGGUAUGCAGAUUACGAGUCCCGUGUUUAGGGCACGAGUCACUGCGGCAGGGAGGAAGUGGUUAUGAUGGGAUUGAGACUGAUGAGGAUGGCUGGUUUUGUGUAUAUGUUUGUGAAUUACUGAUAGAUUUAAGAGAUACCCAAUAAGUAAAGGAAAUGAGCCACCAUCCGAGCCUCUAGUCCUCGCGCUAUCCCACUGUUGUAGUUUAUCAUUUACUGUUCUAAGUUCGUGAUCCUAAUUGAAAAAAGGAG